AUGACCUCUACGUUCGAUGUCAAGGGCUCACUCGCCCCGGGCCGCGAUGAUGUCGAGUCGCCCGCAGUGAAGGAGGACCUCUCCCACUCAUCACCCCUCCCAACCGACGCCGAGGAGGAAAAGGCCCUCCUCUGGAAGCAGGACAGGCGCAUCAUCCCGCUGUCGGCGGGCAUCUACUUCCUCUGCUUCCUCGACCGCUCCAACAUCGGCAACGCCAAGAUCCUCAACUCGUCGUCGGGCCACGACAUGCAGACCGAGACGGGCAUGUCGAAUCGCGACUUCACCAUCGCCCUCAUGAUCUUCCUCAUCGCCUACGCCCUCUUCGAGGUGCCCUCCAACAUCCUGCUCAAGAAGCUCCGCCCCUCGCGCUGGCUCGCCUUCCUCAUGUUCUCGUGGGGCGCCGUCACCAUCGGCCUCGGCGGCGCCAACGACUUCGCGACCGUCACGGGCGUGCGCUUCCUCCUGGGCGUCUUCGAGGCCGGGCUGUUCCCCGGCCUCGUGUACUACCUCACCUUCUGGUACCGGCACGACGAGCGGAGCGUCCGGGUCGCCAUGAUCCUGGCGAGCGCGACGCUGGCGGGGGCUUUCGGCGGCGCCAUCGCCUACGGCAUCGGGCACAUGAACCAGGUGCACGGCAUGUCCGGGUGGCGCUGGCUGUUCAUCAUCGAAGGCAUCCCGUCGUGCCUGUCGGCCUUGUUCGUGUGGUUCUUCCUGCCGGACUACCCGGAGAGCGCCGGGUGGCUGACGGAGCGGGAGAAGGACCUCGCGGCGCGGCGGCUGUACAGCGAGGGCAGCAAGAGCAGCCACAAGAGCAUGUCGUGGGAGGAGGCCAAGGCGACGCUGACGGACUGGAGGCUGUACGGGCACUAUCUCGUGUACUUUGCCAUGUCGACGCCCUUCUCUUCGCUGUCGCUCUUCACGCCGUCCAUCACGUCGGGGCUGGGCUUCGUGGAUCUGCAGGCGCAGCUCAUGACAGUCCCUCCGUACGCAGCUGCAUAUGUCGUGCAGAUCAUCGUCGCCUGGUCGGCAGACCGCUUCAACGCGCGCGGCGCCCACUCGGCGGCCCUCGCGCUCGUCGGCGGCAUCGGCUUCGCCGUGUCGGCCGUGCUGCCCCCGGACGCCUACAACGCGCGGUACGGGUGCCUCAUCGUCGGGGCGUCGGGCGCUUUCGCGUGCAUCCCGCCGCUGCUCGGGUGGCUGACGUCCAACAUCUUCAGCACGGCGGCGACGGGGCUCGCGAUCGCGCUCAACGUCAGUAUCGGCGCCGGGCUCGGGCAGAUCCCGGGCGUCUGGAUCUACAAGGCCGAGGAGAAGGCAAGGGGCUACCCGACGGGCCACUGGGCCAACGCGGCGCUGCUGUUCGUCGUCGUUGUCGGGUGUGCCGGCCUGAGGGUGUAUUACGGGGUGAAGAACCGUCAGAUCCUGAGACGAGCGGAGGAGGAUGGAACGGUAGCGAGGUUGUACAAGUUGUGA